CUCCGCCCGCACCCCGUUGCCGGCGCUGCGCCUCGGGCGUCCACUGCACGCCCCUCGCACCGCAGCGAGCGCGGUCUUCGGCAGCCCAGCCCUAGCUUCCCUCCUCCUCUUCCUUCUCUGCCGCCGCCGCCGCAGCUGCAGCCGGACACGCAGCCGCAGGCCGGGGCCGGGACGCAGCUGGGGAGUCAGGGACACGCGCAGCCAGCCCUUCCCCCUCCGGCUCCCGCACCGCCGGCCGCCUCCCCUCGCCCUCCUCCUCUCCUCCCUGCUUCUUCGCUUCCUCCUCCUCCUCGCCCAGCCCCGGCUGCCAGCAUCAUGUCCGCAGGGGGAGAUUUCGGGAACCCACUGAGAAAAUUCAAGUUGGUGUUCCUGGGGGAGCAGAGCGUCGGGAAGACGUCUCUGAUCACGAGGUUCAUGUAUGACAGCUUCGACAACACAUACCAGGCAACCAUUGGGAUUGACUUCUUGUCAAAAACCAUGUAUUUGGAGGACCGUACAGUACGGCUGCAGCUCUGGGACACAGCUGGCCAGGAGCGGUUCCGCAGCCUGAUCCCCAGCUACAUCCGGGACUCCACAGUGGCUGUGGUGGUAUAUGACAUCACAAAUCUCAACUCCUUCCAACAGACCUCUAAGUGGAUUGAUGAUGUCAGGACAGAGAGGGGCAGCGACGUUAUCAUCAUGCUGGUGGGCAACAAGACCGACCUGGCCGACAAGAGGCAGAUCACCAUCGAGGAAGGGGAGCAGCGCGCCAAAGAACUGAGUGUCAUGUUCAUUGAAACCAGCGCAAAGACGGGCUACAACGUGAAGCAGCUCUUCCGACGUGUGGCAUCAGCUCUGCCAGGAAUGGAGAAUGUCCAGGAGAAAAGCAAAGAAGGGAUGAUCGACAUCAAGCUGGACAAGCCCCAGGAGCCCCCAGCCAGCGAGGGCGGCUGCUCCUGCUAAUGCGGAGCCUGACAGGCUGGCUUCCUUUGAAACUACUCGCUUGUUGUGUUGCUUCCUAUUGGUUAGCUUCCUAAAGGGGGCGGGAAAUGAGUUUUAUCAAGAUGGGAGGACUUUUCUUUUCUCUCUGUCUCUAGGAGUAGGGUGGGUUGGGGAGGGAGGCUGGGCAUCAGGGGUCAUGUCACUCUAACAGCUGUUACUUAAACAACUAUUUUUUGGUUUGGUUGUAAUAUAUUGUACUUUAUUAAGAUUGCCAAAAACUGUUAAAAUUUAAAAAA